GGCCGUGCGUUCCGAUGCAUACAUAUGUACUGACAAGUAAUCCCAUCAAAUUAUGAAGCCCAUCACAAGCCUUCCUAUAUCAACAUACAUUCAACCGGUAUAUGAUAGCCUACCUAUUUUCAUAUUCUGUAGAGGCCUCUUCCUAGACCUGUCCUACCAUACUAAUGCAGAUAACCUGUCAUGUAGCAGGACUACAUUUUGCUUUUUUCAGUAUUGAGUUGGUAUCCGUAACGUUGUGUUAUGUGAGAUUCAGCAAUGAUGUCCGAGAUAAUAGGUGCCAGAGGUAGCCGAGCAGGCUCACCCCCUCCUACCUAGAUAGGUAUAAGAGAAUCAGCAUCAGUCCAAAGUUCCGAAAUCAUACACUACCUCCUUUAUUGUUCACUUCAGAGCAUAUUUCGUUUUCAAGGUCGAUAACUACAAACCAGCUUGCCCAAGAUGGUGUCUUGGCCCUUUGCAGUACAAAAAAAGGUUAAGGAACUCGAUAUCGUCGUCGUCCCCGAAGGCACGGACUUGUAUAAAUUGGAACGAGGAUGUAAGAACGGCGGGCGCAAAGAGAGCUAUGAGAGGCGAUUUACCACCAACAGUCAACUUCGAAGUACCAUUAAUAGAGCCAGCGAAAAGGGACAACAAUAUGAGACAAUGGCCAUUUCUGCGACUCCAGGCGUACCGGAGGUUACCUUUAGUGUGGGUGACAAUUUUACCAAACUAAUAGUUCGUCGUCGCAGUUAUGACGGAGGUAUUGCCGGCCGAAUACCUAGUAGGCAGCUACUCGUCGGAGCGUCUUCUACAUUCAACGGAUUCUUGUUAUCAAAAUGGCAGAAGUAUCAGCACGUGCAAAGAAGCUUUGUUGAAGGGGAUGGUGCGGUUACUGAGCGUCUCCAAAGAACUCCACCUACGGAUAACCCGUCAAAUAAACAAACGCCCCAAGAUCAAGUGUCUCAAGAUCACCUGUCUCAAGAUGAAGGAUUUCAAGCCGGGACACCUCAAGGCACAGGCGGUGCGGAUGAUAACAACGGUCGGUGGAGCUGGGGCGCCAUCGCAGGGAGUCUCUUUAUCGCCGGAGUGGCUGUCGUAGCCGCCAUCUACUAUAUAACACGGAAACCCCCAUACAACGCCUCCAAGAAGGUCAGGUCGGUUUGGAUGAAUCUCCGGAGCUGGUGGGAAAAGAGUACCUGGCGGGGAAAAGGUAGUUGGUGGGAAAAGAGUGGCUGUCAUUUUUCGAAUCUUUAAAAUCAUUUUAAGUACCAUCUUAGAUAAAUUAAUGCUAACCUCCUUUUUCAACUCCUAGUAAAUGAUGUUGUAUUUUCUAAGUUUAUUAUCACUGUCCGAG